AUGUUCACAAUCUCACAGAUCACCUGUGAGACCCUGCAUGAUGUCGUUAACUGCCUGCUGGAGAAGACCAAUGGCGUUUUGGUGCCUCUUCUGAUGGAGGAACACUAUGAGAAAAAUAUCACAUUUUUUGAGACAGAUAAGGAGAGUGGUGAGAGAAAUGUGCAUUGUCCCAAAGUCCCUUUGCCUACUCCUCCAAUGCCUCCCCCAAAACCAGCAUUUGCUGAGACCGAAAAUGAGAAUGGUGAGAGAAAUGUGCAUUGUCCCAAAUGCCCUUCGCCUACUCCUCCAGUGCCACCCCCAAAACCAGUCCCAAGGAAUCAAAGAUUCCAGUCAGAAGCAAACACGCAUGAAAGCACCUACCUCAAUGUCUCAGAUGUUGGAGAGUAUGAGGUGGAUCAGGCAGCAAGUCCUCCACCUCCUGUCCUGCCACAUCUUCCAGAUGGUGAAAGAAAAGCUUUGGUACCUCCUGGCUACUCUAAAACAACUUCCCAAAGCAACAGUUUGUCAAGCAUGCCUAAGAAUAUUCCCAAGAGUGAGCGGCAACAUGUUGACAUACAUGAGCUCCAAGAGGUUCUUAAUAGGAGACGAAACCAGGAAUAAAUGUAAUCUCAGCAAGAUGAUGAUGAUAAUAAUGAUUUCAUUGUGGAACAAGGAAUCAUUCCUUAGUAUUAAGCUCGUCUUAAAUCUAUACUAUACAGCUUUACUCGCCUGAACACUGUAUCUGUGAUAUUUGCCCACUGCUGUUCAGUUGGAUCCACAAAUAGGCCCUUGAAUCAAAUUUUCUUUAUUGAUCCUUUCAGCAUUAUGAUGUAUUAGUUAUCACAAUCAUUUAUUAGACAAACAUAUCGAUCAUCAUGUUGCAUUGCAUAGCUGCUGACUGUAAAUCACUACUGCUGUUUGUGAAGUUAUUUAGAUGAAAAGUCACAUUUAAAUAUUUUGUCUUCAAUUCCUGUGUGUCAGAUAGCUGGUCUACGUCUCCGUUCUCUGUCUCUGAUCAUAAAAAUAUCAAGCUUGCUAUAAUCACAAAUGGUUGUUGAUAAUAUGCUGAUCUAUAUUGUGACUUUACUAUGUGGGGAAGUUGCAGGUCUUCUUUCUCCAGAUCUGAGAAACAGAUCAAACAAAUGUUGUUUUUCUGUUCCUGUUAAAACUUGUUUUAUACUAUAUAUUUUGAGAAUACAUUGAUCAUGGGAAAAACGUACGCUGUGUCACACUUUCUUCCUUGUGUGGAUGUGCAAGACAAUAAGUAUGUUUGGCAUUGGUUUUAUUGACGUAACAGGUAGUGUAAUAGUACAAUUUUACAGGUUGACUUUAGUUUCAAACAGUAAUGUUUAAAAUAUUCAGGUGUUUGACUAAAAGCAUUGCAGAUUAUAUUAAGAUUAGCCAACAAUAAAAAUGCUGUCAUUAAUUACACACUCGUGUUGUUCUAAAACUGUAUGACUUUGUUUUCCAAUUCAAGUACCAUGUGGAGCUUUCGAGCUUGACAAAUAAUUCAAAAGCAGCAUAAAAACAGUCCAUACAUCUAGUUCGUUAUAUUGCUCUCUUAAUGAAAGUAGUAGCGACGUCUGAUUCAUAAAUCAAUCAUUCUUUUGAGUCGGCUCUUUUCAAUGAAUCAGUCAAUCCAAUUCAGCCAUGAAUCAGACUGAUUUGGUUCUGGAGUUCAACUGUCUCACUGACUAAUUGCAAUGGUUUGAAUUAACAGUUCACUGGAAGGGAAGAUUAUCAAUAUCUAUUGACUUAAAUCACAGUUUCUUACCCAAAACUACCAAAUGACUUCAUAAACUUUGGAAUAUAUGGAGGACUUUUAUGACAAUUCACAUGCUUUUAUAUCCUUUAUUAAACUUGAAAGCUCUAGCAUUUUUUUUAAAUGUAUUUUGUUCUCCACAGAAACGAGUCAGUUUUGGAAAAACAAAAAAAAAUCACUGUCUUCUGUAAUCUGUAAUUGCAGCUGGCAUACAAAAAAAGUCCAGUUUAGUAAAUAUUUGCAUCAAGAACACUGAAAAGUACCUUUCUGGGUGACAGAUUAUGAACAUGGACAUACACACACACACCAUUGACUGUGCACAACCAAAUGGAUUGUUAAACCUGCCUCCUUCCUCAGAUGCUGGAACUGCUGAAUUAAUACAUUCUAUAAAAGGCAUUUG